CGCGAGCGAGUGUUUCGAGAGUUUCGUGAAGUGUCGGAAGUGAAGUAAAUUGUCGGGCGUUCGUGCCAGUUCGUGCCAACAUUCGUCAGUCGGAUGCGAUGUAUUGUGCGAAGUUGUGUCGUGUUUAAUCGUGUUUUGCAUCUUCUCCGCUGCCUCAUAACUCGAGUUUCCGACGCAGAAAGAAGAUUAUUGCCUGAAUGGAAAUUUACCCAAGGUCGAGAGGUCUUUAAUUGUCGUUAGAAGAUCCGAGAGGCUCGAACUAGAUGGCGGGACGUGGAUCGCGCGACGGGGAGAGGCGUCUCCGACGGUUCGUCCAGCGGGGGGCCCUAUAUACAUAACCAACAACAAUGUCGUCGGUCACGUCCGAGGGAGCCGCGAGAGCCGAGUGAGCGCGGCGACGAUGCCGAGGUAGUCGCCGUCGGUUUCUCCCGGCCCCUUCACUCUCCUUCUCUCGCUCUCUUUCUCUUUCGUCCUCACUCACGACCGAGAAGGUGAGCGCGCGCGUCCAUCCCCGUCCCUGUGUGUGCGUGCGUGAUACUCGUGUCGAGGUGAACGCUUGCGGAAAGUCGGCAGUCGGUGUCGGGAGACUUCCCCCCCCGCGUCGUCGCACGGAUGCGUCGUUCCUGUUGAGUGAGCAGAAAAGCUGCUGCCGCGAACCGCCGCCUCCUGGUGCCGGACAGUGGGAACAUGGAGGACUACAAGUUUCUGUUCAAGGUCGUGCUCGUGGGGAACGCCGGUGUGGGCAAGACCUGUCUGGUGCGACGGUUUACUCAGGGUUUAUUUCCACCUGGACAAGGUGCAACGAUCGGAGUUGACUUUAUGAUUAAAACUGUCGAAGUAGAAAAUGAAAAAGUCAAGUUGCAAAUCUGGGAUACUGCAGGUCAGGAAAGAUUUCGUUCCAUUACACAAAGUUAUUAUAGAUCAGCACAUGCAUUGAUAUUAGUUUAUGAUAUUUCUUGUCAACCUACAUUUGAUUGUCUGCCAGAUUGGUUAAGGGAAAUCGAAGAAUAUGCCAGUAAUAAAGUUCUUAGGAUAUUAGUAGGAAAUAAAAUUGAUCGAGAAGAUAGAGAGAUACCGACGCAUGUGGGAGAAGAUUUUGCGCAGAGACAUGGCAUGUACUUCUUAGAAACGUCUGCCAAAGAAGCAGAAAAUGUAGAGAGAUUAUUUAUGGAGAUAGCAGCCGAGCUUAUGGAGCAAGCACGCAGUAAGGAAUUACCUCGGUAUGAAACGAAUACAACUUCGAUAAACGGUAAAACAACGUCGAUCGGUGAUAGUAGUAAUUGCGGUUGUAGCAGACUCUCUUAAGUAAUUUUUGUAUGUUAUACUAUACCUUUUUUUAUAGACCAGGGUGAUUGAAAUCGAGCGUAUCAAUAUUUGAUAAUUUUAGGAAACGUAUAGUACACGUAUAUCUUUGAUACACAGUGUUAUUGUUUAGUGUUAUGAUAUUAUAUGCUACGUUGCUUUAUACUAUGUUGUAAGAUAUAUUUAAUAUUUAAAACAAGACUUUAAAUAUGUCAUUAAGCACUCUAGCUUGUAGGAAAUUAAAUUUUUAUAGAUAUAUAGCGCUAUUAUCGCGUUAAUUUUAAUUGAAUUAAUACAGCUUGAUGUUAAAUUGUGUUUAAGCUUUUAUUUCCAUGCGCGAUGGAAAUUUUAUUUCAAAUAACUGUAGUAUUUUUCUUGUGUUACUUCGAAAGUACAAAUAGUUAUUAUCACAAUGGAUUUUGGUAACUCGUCCAAAAUCUUAUUAGUAAUAAUGAGAUUUUUACAACACACGUCACAAGCCUACAAUGUAUAAAGUUAUUUCUAAUGUGCAAUAUUUAUGUGUUUACCACGCUAUUUCAAAGAAGACAGCUCACAAUAUGCUCACAUAACAGCAUGUUAAAAUUAAUUCAGAAAUGACAUAACUCUAUAUACGAUAAUCAACGAGAAUAAUUUUUUAUUUUAAUGGAUUAUUUAUGUAAUAUAAUUUGGAAAAGUGAUAACAGGAUAUAUAUGAUAUUAUUAUAAUGUAGCUGUAUUAGCAUUUACACAAGAUCAGAUCUUUGUUAUAUUUAGUUUAUAUUUAUAAUUUGUAGAUCUUAUUAACAACGUGUGAUUGAUUAUUAAUUAUUCUAUAUACAUCUCGUAUAACGUUAAAAUGUCUAGUCUUUUCACACUUCUUUUAUAUUUUAUAUACUCCAAUAUAUACAUAACCGUUAUAAAUAAUGUGCAUUUUGUUAUAAAUUCCUUGUUGGUAAAAUUGUUUUAAUAAUUUAACUUAUCAGUAUCAAUUAUAUCAAUUAAAUCUAUAUAUUAUAUAGAUUGUUUCUUUUAUGAGUUGUGAUUUUAUCAGAAAAAGAUUCACCUUCUUCAGCGAAGACUUUCUACAGCAAAAGAAGAUUAAAGUUUGAAAUGAUUUCAUAUUCAAUUUUUAUUCAUCCGUUAAUACCUAUUUUUUGUAUAGAUUCUGUAAUUUUUAGAAGAAUGCCUAACAAUUUGUGUAUGAUACAUUUUUAAAAUCAAUGUAUUUUACUUACACCAAUAAUUAAGAUCUUUUAGUUUAUACAAGUUAUUUAGUUUAAAGUUACUCCAAAGAUUUUAUGUUAUACAAAAACGUUUUGUUAUAAUUACAUAAUGUAAAUUAUACAUAAUAUAAAUCAUAACUGAUAAUAAAAUCUAUAUUCAAAACGUAUAUAUCAA